AGCUUCGGCUAUUUCCGUGUUUUUCCGAAAUUAUGAUGGCGGUUGACAGAAAAUAAGUUGAAGUUGAUAACCUACAAUGAUUGAACAAAUGAGGCUCUGACACACCCAUAUAUACUAUGCUAUAGGACUAUUAUAGGCGGGUAUUGACAUGAUGCUUGUAUGAAUGAGAUCAUUAUAGUUUACAGUACAUUAUCGUUAAAGGGUUUACAGUGAUGUAACAUCAGCUUGAAUAUGAGUCAAAUGACAUCAGAGCAGUUAGACAGGAGAUUCACUUCACCCACAAUGCCUAACUAUAUCAACUGUGGGAGCUCAAGAGAGCGAUCGAGGAAUCGUGGGAAAUCACCUCAUCUCCUCCAGGAUCGGAUCACUAGAUAUGCUAGCCCUAGUCCAUGUAGACAAACACAGAGCCCUGAACAGGUCACCCCUAGGGUGUCUCAAAUGUACAGGACUAGCUUUUCAGCUGUUACAUCCCCUCAAAAAAAGAAAUCCCCAGGGUAUGGCCGAAUUCCAGUUAACUCACGAACUCGGAGUGUAAGCCCAGACAGGAGAAAUCGUAUUGAUAGGGAUUACACCAACAGCCAUGAGUACAUCACAAAUAUAGUGAAUGCCCAGCGGUGUAGGGCUUCAGAUAGAUCAAGGUCAGUAGGACCUGAAAGAAACUCCAGGAUUGCAUCCAUUAAUGUAAAUUCAGUGAAAUCCCAAGGGGCAAAUAUGAGGAGCCCAUUAACAUCCAUGGAAAACUCCAGUCCCAGAAAUCAAAAUGGAAUCCAUGAAAAAACACAUGUCCAAUUUUCAAAUAAAGCAAAUUCUUCUGAAACAUGUGAACCAUAUUUUGUAGAAUCUGAAAUUCUACCGAAGGAAAAGGAAGUGAAAUCAGUGAUUAACAGAGUAUAUGUCCACGAUGUGAACCUUCACUAUGAGAAUGUGGAUGGUUUGAAAUCCCCUAAGAGUCCAGUCACUGAAGCUCUUGUGAAGGAGAUGGUAGAGAGGAAACGCACCCAAGGAGGGCGACCGCCACCCUCCCCCAAUGGAGGGAAAUCCAAAAAAGGUUCAAGUCCAUCAGGCUCGGAGUCUUCAUUGAGAAAAAUUAGUUCCGGUAUAAGUAGUUUUAUACGUAAAAUGUCUCCCAAUAUGCCUCGUAAAGCAGAUAAAAAUAACCAGAAGAGAGGUCAUAGUUUGGACAGUGAUGAAAGUGCAUCUGUUGAAAGUGUUCCUACUCCUACAGGAACACGGACAUCUCGUGCUAAAAGUCCAAAAACAAGGCAGUCCCCUAUUAGACGAUUUUUCAGUCGAUCACGAUCGAGAGACUCUGAUGCUAUGUCUCACGCAUCGACUACUGAUUCUGAUCCAUAUUCAGAUGCGAGUGGAAAGGCCAUCUCACCUUCUCAACUCUCGCACAUUAGCACGGCUGAAUCCCCGAAAUCUUCAUCCAGUUUUUCUCCAUCUGCCAAUCUUAUGAUGAAAUCCCUAGAACAGAAUACAAAUAACAAGUCAGUGUAUCAUGCAUUCAAAAGUAAACAGAGCUCCCCAAAACAUAAUGUUGAUGUCCCCAACAGUUUUAAAGCUGCACUAAAGGCAACAUCUCUAACACAACCUGCUGGCUCUAGAGAUGAUCUACAAGAUGUGGCUGCUAACACAAAGCCAGGAAGUCUCGAUGUGAGUGACCCAACAGUAAUUAUGAGGACGCCUGAAUCUAUAGGAGAAUGCUCUUUAGAUGUUAAAUCUCCAGGGAGUGAACCAUCUGUAGCCAGUGACAGUAGCAAGAAAAUGAUCCUGAGUCAAGACAUGCAUAAUGGGGGCUCAAACUCGCCAAAACAAAAUGGCACCACAAUUACCACAUAUACAGACACUACACCAGCAAAACUACCAUCAUAUGUUAAGCUGAGUUGUGCAGUUAGUGGAUAUAAUAAAUACAAUAGUUACGCAUCACUGACUUUGUCCAACAGUGCGAACCAGGACUCUCCCCCUAGUUCAAAGAUCACUGAACUGAGGACUCUGUCUAAUGGGAGUACGGGUGGUAGCCCAAAAUGUACAGAUAAUCUACAUGUAGACCCACAUAGAACUAGUGAACUGUCUAAUAAUGUAAAUAGGAAUAAUGAACCUGAUGUUGAUGGUGAUGACACAUUUACCACUGGUGCUAGCUUAGAUAGAGACAUUCAAACAGAAGAACUGCCACAGAGGACCCCGUCAUUAGAUUUUCUCAGUGAACGAUUAAAAAACCUUGGGGAUAGUAGUUCAGUUAAGGAUGGGACAUAUUUCUUGGACCUAGUACAGCAUGAGAGGGAGAAAUUGCUGGGUCUUUCUAGUAGAAUUGAGCAGGAUCUAACCACAGAUAUACCUGAGGAAGCUUGUGGUAAGAUUCGUGCAGCAAUUGGCAAGACAAAUCUUCUUACUACUAAAAAGUUUGUGCAGUUCGAAGGCCUGUGUCAAAAGAACCUGCAUGCUCCUAAAGAUGACCCAUUCCCUACAACAUGUGAGGAUCUUGCUGGUUUCUGGGACAUGGUCUCCCUCCAAGUGGAAGACAUCCUUUGGGAUAUACAAGAGAUUGAAGCCAUGAGAAAAAAUAACUGGAAAGAGAUUUCGAGAAAAAUAAGGCGUAGCUCUAGUGGUGCUAGUGAUACUCAGAAACCAGUUGCUAGUAAACAGACACCAGUUAAACCUGGCAAAUUGGACAGUAAAUCUACAAGCAAAUCUGCCAAAGCAAAAGAAGCCCAGAAAAUUCGACAAGAGGCUAGAAAGAGGCUGAUGGCAGCAAAACGUGAAGGAAUGCGAAAAAGGACACGAUCUGGGGGCGAUGAGCAGGAGAUUGAAAUCUACAUCGCUGAGCCUGUCACUAGCCCCUCCCCCAUGUCAUAAUUAUCAUCCAUAAGAUGAAACUCGCCAGAUUCAAUGGUUUAAGAAUAUGACACAUCGUUAGGUGUGAUGCAACACCUUUAUUGUGAAUGCUAUUUGCAAUGGUGCCUUGGGAUUACUAUUUAUUUUAUCAUUCGCAGAUGCCUGUCUUACCAUAAAAAACAUGUGGAAAAAAUGGAGACGUAAAUUUCCUUUAUGGAAGCAUAAAUCUGGAACCUUCUAAUGCCACAUAAAUUACAUGGAUCAAAGGCUAUAUAUAGGUAGUGUCACUUAGCCUAGUAGUUUAUUGAAAUCACAUUCAGCUUUUAGAUGAGACAUUCCUGAGCAAAUGCUGAGGAAUAAACUGUUAAAUCUAAUGUCUGAUUGUCCCUAUUGUAGACACUACUAAUUCGGUAGAUACUACUUUCUAUAGGGAAUGAAACACAUGAUUACAAUUGACCCAUGCGUAUUGUAUUGUAUUUUGUGCACGACAAUAUUUGGUUUGUUUCGUACUUAACAUAGUUGAGACUCCUCCCUCAAUGUGUUCUGAAACACUUACUUGCAGGGAAUGCACCACAGGUUUUUGAUUAGGUCAUAUGAGUUGCGGAACACUCUACCCUCAUGUGCAAUACAUUGCAGACUUUCGCCCAAUGUAUUUGUAGUAGAACAUAAGUUAUAGAUUUUCUAUAUAAAGUGAUGAAGAUGGGGAUACAAUCAAGUGUAUUGAAUGGAAGGGUUUUGAAGCUCAGAUCAGGGAUAUCUAGAAUGAAUAUUUUUAUAGUUUACACGUCUCCAAAAGUAUGUCAGUUCAGCAUGGAUGAAGUUGAUUUCAUCGAAGCCAAUUGGUUGUUUCUGCAUGUAAUUCUGAAAUCCUUAUG